UGGCUGGUGAAUAAUUAAGCUGCCACCUCCUCCUCGGCCGGCCCUCCCUCGCUGGGUCCCACUCUGCUACUUCCUUCGCUGCCCGCCGAGCAGUGGCCAUCGGAGGGUGCCGACCCCCAGUGCUCCCAGCCCUGCCAACACCCGCUUAGUGCCCGGGCACGCCCACUCCAUGGCCCCCGAGAUGGACCAGUUCUACAGAUCCAUCAUGGCCAUCUACAAGAGCAUCCUGGAGCAGUUCAACCCCGCCCUGGAGAACCUGGUGUACCUGGGGAACAACUACCUCCGGGCCUUCCACGCUCUGUCCGAGGCGGCCGAGGUGUACUUCAACGCCAUCCAGAAGAUUGGGGAGCAGGCCCUGCAGAGUUCCACCUCGCAGAUUCUGGGUGAGAUCUUGGUGCAGAUGUCUGACACCCAGCGGCACUUGAACUCUGACCUCGAGGUGGUGGUGCAGACAUUCCAUGGAGACCUGCUGCAGCACAUGGAGAAGAACACCAAGCUGGACAUGCAGUUCAUCAAAGACAGCCGCCAGCACUACGAGAUGGAGUACCGCCACCGAGCCGCCAGCCUAGAGAAGAGCAUGUCCCAGCUGUGGCGGAUGGAGCGCAAGAGGGACAAGAACGCACGGGAGAUGAAGGAGAGCGUGAACCGGCUGCAUGCUCAGAUGCAGGCCUUCGUGUCUGAGAGUCAGCGGGCGGCUGAACUGGAGGAGAAGCGGCGCUACCGCUUCCUGGCCGAGAAGCACCUGCUGCUUUCCAACACCUUCCUGCAGUUUUUUGGCCGGGCCCGGGGGAUGCUCCAGAACCGCGUGCUGCUGUGGAAGGAGCAGUCGGAGGCCAGCCGCAGCCCGUCGCGCGCCCACUCCCCGGGCCUGCUGGGCCCCGUACUGGGGCCGCCCUACCCUUCGGGCCGCCUGACGCCCACCCGCCUGGACAUGCCCCAGAGACCCCUGGGAGAGUUCGGCUCCCCCCGCAGCCGGCACGGCUCCGGCUCCUACGGCCCCGAGCCAGCCGAGGCGAGGUCCGCGUCCCAGCUGGAGCCAGACCACCGCCGGUCCCUGCCCCGGACACCGUCCGCCUCCUCGCUCUACAGCAGUAGCACCCAGCGCUCGCGCUCCAACUCCGGCGAGCGCCCGGGCGGCGGGGGCGGCGGCGGCGCCCGGAGAGUCCGCGCUUUGGUCUCGCACUCGGAGGGCGCCAACCACACGCUGCUGCGCUUCUCAGCCGGAGACGUCGUGGAGGUGCUGGUGCCCGAAGCCCAGAACGGCUGGCUCUAUGGCAAGCUGGAGGGCUCAUCCUCGAGCGGCUGGUUCCCUGAGGCCUAUGUGAAGCCUUUGGAAGAGCUGCCCAUGAAUCCCAUGAACCCUUUGAACCCAGUGACCUCCAUGAAUCCCACAAACCCCUUGAACCCGGUGACCUCCAUGAACCCCAGGAGCCCUGUGAAUGAGCUGCCUUCUAGGUCCUACCCGCUCCGGGGUAGCCACAGCCUUGAUGACCUCCUGGACCGGCCAGGCAACUCCACAGCAUCUUCAGACUACUGGGAUGGCCAGUCCCGCUCCCGAACCCCAAGCCGGGUCCCGAGCCGCACCCCCAGCCCUGCACCUACACCCUUGCCUGGCAGCCGCCGAAGUAGCAUGGGCAGCAUGGGGGUGGCCAGUGAUGUCAAGAAACUCACGUCCUGGGAGCAGCAACCACCAGAGCUCUUCCCUCGGGGUACGAACCCCUUUGCUACCGUCAAGCUGCGUCCCACCGUCACCAAUGACCGCUCGGCGCCCCUCAUCCGCUGAGGCGCCUUCCUCCACCUGGAGUCUGAGGUCGUCCCCGCCACCCACACCUGCCCAGGGGCUGCCCAGAGCUGGCGGCAGCGGAAGCAGCAGCAGUGGAUCCAAGGAGCUGGGGCCCUGGUACCGGGGGGUGGCCGUCCCUCCCCAAACCACACCCACACUAGGGUCUGGGCCCUUCAAAUGAAAGCAGGCGGAAUUGGGGGGCAGAACCAUGUCUUCCCCUCCAGGGACUCCGGACUUUCCCUGGGGGCCUACCUUGUGCCCCCUCAAACUCUUCCCCCUUCUCUGUCCCAGUGGGGAGAAGCCCCUUGCACACCCCCUAUCCCACCCCACAUUUGUAAAUGGUGAGAAAUCACUUUUGUAAAUGGUGAGAAAUAAAGCAAGUGCGACAUGGCA